ACGGAUCAGUUCAAUGAUUACUAUCGGUUGGGGGAGACACUAGCAGCGUAUAUCGAGGUGACGAAAAAUAUAUUGGAUACCCUAUGGUGUCUAGUCGAGGAAUUUAUGUUACGUCACGAAUAUGAAAAAAACAAAGGAUUUAAUGAAUAUUUUUCCGCAAUAGUUAAUUCCAUUAUUUUAAAAUUGAGGGUCCUUCGAAUAAACACUCUCUUGUCUGUGUACGAUACGGACACGGUUGAAUCUCUAAAAGUCGUCAGAGAAAAACUUCGCACCGAGGAAAUAGCCAAGCAGACGAAACUACGCCAAGUGGAAGAACUCUUGGGAAAAUACGAGACUUUCGGGUCAGAGUUUGAGGAAAUUAUCAAGGAAUACAUAGCAUUGCAGAAAGAUAUUUUAGUCGCAGAAGAUAAUCUUCGUCGCAUAACAGGAUAA